UGGCUACCCGAUUAACGUUAUAAUUAAUUCAGGGGCAAAUACGCUGAUUUGGGGCAAGCUCUUGCACUUGGGUAAGAGAAGCUCUCUAUACAUUGCUCAAAAUGGGUGAAAAUGGCACAAAGACGUGCACGUCUCUCAGUAACUGGGGGUUGCUGGCGUAAGGCAUGCCCCGAAUCGCGUGAUACAGCAACAGUCUCUUUGGUCUGGAGAAUUCAUUUACAUUUUAAUAACAUUUUAAUAACUGUAUUUUUUAUUUUUUUUAUUUUAAAUAUUACUUAAUUAAUUGAUUUAUAGUUUUAAUUUGUAUCUUAUUUUUGCCCUCAAGGAAAGCAGUUUUUUUUAACUGAGGAGGCCACCCUGUUUAAAUAAGACUGCAAAUAAAUAAUUCACAAAUGAUAUGUGCCAAGCAUUCGAGCAGUCAUGGUACCAGAUGUAACUCGAAUUAAUUCGCAAAUGGUUUAUUGGUUGAACGCAUGGAUACCUGUUGGCAUGUAAAUCGCGAAUAUUCCAUGUGUGCCAUUCAAUUUGUCGUUUUUUUUUGCAUGACAUCUAUAACAGACAAAUUUUCAUAAAACUUAAAGCAAAACCACUCCUUGUGUAGAUAAUUAUGUACAAGUUCCAAACUUGUUUUAAAAAAAUAGUUCAGGAUAUAACAGAUGGUAUUGUGCAUUUUUUUCGUCAUAUAGAUGAAGUAUUUACCCGGGAAAUCAACGUCAAAUGUGACACCUUUUCCGAGGAGAACACUGUUUACCCAAAUCUCAGUUUUAAUUAGGCUUUCGUUGAAAAGUUUGAGAGAGAUGUGGUCCCGACCCGAUAAAACAAUUGCGAUAUUUCAUAGUUCAUUUUAAAGCUCAAGAUAUUGUGCUCGGCGUUAACAUGGUUAUGUAGUUAUCUCUUAUUAGACUUCAAUAAUAAAUGCCAAAAACGUAGGAGCAUGAAUAUUCAAAAAUAUAAUGUUCAUGGAAAAAUUUGUCCAUGAUUAGUUGAAUAUUGAAUACAUUACAUUGUACAUGUAUAUUGGUAGGGCUGCAGAUCCUGACCAUUACGUAACGACGACUCUUUGCAAUACAUUUCUUCGUGCGGCUUGUAAAAAAUAACAUCGUCUUAUGGUUUGUCCGCACCUGCAUACAUGGUUGUACCAGAAUUCGCCUCUAUCUCUUCUUGUUGGCCACUUUAUUUUAUUAAUGCAGUUUAGAGGUGACUUUCAGGAAACAAUCAAGUUGAUAAGAUCAACUUCAGUGUGUUUAGUACAGUAUAGGACUAUACCUUCAAAAAACGUACAACAUUCAAAACCACACCUCAACUUUGUAUUAACGAGAGAUAGACGAUGUUAUUGUUGAAAUGGCCGCUGGCUGUUAUGCUCCGACGCACAACUACAAAAGUAGCGACGAUCUCUUCUUUACACCGUGCAGAGCUGGACCAUAUACAGCGACUGUCCGUUGUUAACACGCAGCGAAGCUACUGAGCUAUGCUUCUUAUUAUACAUUGUAGAUGAAAUCUUGUUACUUUCUAGAGUGCGUUCUGUUUGUCACCUUGGGUUAUACCUUGGCACAGGUUGUGCCCUUGAGAAUCACCUUCACCAUGUCUUCAAGCAGUCUGAAGACCAAGGGAGCUGUAUUCUUACUGUGUCUAGCAUUCUUCACACUCGGUCGUUUUCUGGUUGUAUUCGAACCAGACCAAUGGUUUGUAUAUCAGAGAUUGGGAGGCGUGGCCCCAGUCAGCCGUUUUGAUGUUGCCAAAAUAAAAAGCCGCUACGAGAAAGAAAGCGACAUUGGUGCCGCUGGAUCCGACCGGGAUAACCCCAGUGAAAAGAUUUCUGCAGCCGAUUCAGAAAUAGAAGAGGCUGGUGACAAGUCUUUGGGAACGAUUUACCACGGUGAAAAGAUUCCUGCUCUUGAUUCAGAAACAGACAAGAAGAAUGACCAAGUUGAAGAUAACAUUGUUAACCGCCGCGCACCGAUUAUCAAUGAGAACGUGGAGGAUGAAACGGCGAUCGUCAAGGAUGAAACAGGGAACUUCAAGGAUGAAACGGGGAACUUCAAGGAUGAAACAGGGAACUUCAAGGAUGAAACAGGGAACUUUAAGGAUGAAACAGGGAACUUCAAGGAUGAACAUUCGAUCGUCAAGGAUGAACAUUCGAUCAAGCAUGAAACAGUCAUCGCUGAAACGUCAAUCGUCAAGGACGAUAAAAUGAUCGUCAAGAAAACCCCACCAGUUAAAACUAAACCAGUUGCUCAGCCGAACCGUCUCCAUACUGGCGGACGGUACUCCAUCACCUCAUCCCAACUGUUGGGAAAUGCACUCAGGUUUAUGUCCUCAGAUGUUAAGGCAUCCUUCGCGAACAUUACAGGACUGAAAUAUGACGAGCAGAAGGCUACAGUUAUUUGGCCAAACUUAAGUGCUCAAAAGAAAUGGGCCGUGCUCAGAGCCGGCAUGCGCAAACUGGGCUAUGAACAACGCUUACCUACAGUCAUUUGCCUUGGAGUAAAAAAAGGCGGCACAACAGCGUUUUUGUACUACCUUGUGCAACAUCCACAGAUUGCUCGCGCAUUACUGGAAGAAAUACAUUACUUCAGUAUUGACUACGAAAUAGGCUUAGACUACUACCUAUCUAGAAUGGGGUUUAGCUCACAACACAUGCUUCAGUUUGAGAAAUCACCGUCAUAUUUCGUCUUCCAGAAUGUACCGGAGAGGAUGUUGAAGGAUCUACCGCCCAAUGUCAAGUUCGUGGUAUGCGUGCGGGAUCCCGUGGAGAGAACCAUAUCGGACUUCAGACACGAAUAUGAGUUGAAGCUCAAUCGCAACCCCUCCAUGGCCAGAGGCGAAACGCCUGCCACACAAGCCAAACACUUCGUAGAAAUGAUUUUCAAUCGUAAUGGUGAGGUAGAUAUGUCCAAAGGAUUGACAAGAGAAAGUGUCUACUCCAUGCAUUUCAAGAGGUGGUUGCAGAGCUUUCCGAGAGAUCGAUUCUAUAUAUUGAGUCAUGAGCGCGUGGAUAAAGACCUGUACAGUGAACUCAAGAACUUGGAGAAGUUUCUGGGUCUGGAGUCAUUUUACAAGAGGAGCAUGUUCUACUACGAUAAGAAGAGACAGGCGCCUUGUAUGCGGUCUGGUUGCCCACACCCAAGUACCCCUGGGUUUCUACCUAAAGCAGACCUCGGUCCCGACGUCAUCCAACAACUCAGGGAUUUCUUCCGGCCCUAUAACCAGGAGUUUGCACAACUUACCCAGAUGAACUUUUCCUGGACAAAUCUCUGAACAGAGCGUCCACGACUGAAAGGAAAAUUGUUCAACUUUGUUUUAUUUUUUAUUUUUUUCAGAUUUGAAGAUCCAUUAAUCAUAAUCAUUGCGCGUUGUAUAUUAAUCAUAAUUCAUAUAGAGAGGUUUACAGGUCUGCUGGCCGCAGAACUGUUUCCUGUCGGGGAAAAAGUAAAACAUUUGCCAGUAAUGAGAAAACAAAAUGCUCGAAACCUUUUUGGGAUGAGGGUCGGUAACCUCCUUAUCGGACCAUCCAGCGAGACAAGUUGUUUUGUAAUCACAAUGUGCCACUUUAUAAUGCAGAGUUCAACUGAAACAGCAACUGUUUUUCGCAUAUUUGUACAUGUAUUUGUAUCUUGAACGUAUAUGUCUAACGUGGUCUAAUUUAGACAUGGAAACAAUGUAUUUUUAACAUUAAAAUGAUGAAACACUAACGAUGCCUAUUUUUCUAUUCCUAGUUAUUUUAAAAGAGAAACAAAGACAACAUGUCAUUUGGAGACACAUCAAGAACUCCUUUUUCGAUUGUCGUACUUAAUUUUAUGAUACUAAAAUUGAUUCACAAAAUUGAUACAAACGAUGCCUAUUUUUCUAUUCCUAGUUAUUUUAAAAGAGAAACAAAGACAACAUGGCAUUCAUUUUGAGAUACAUCAAGAACUACUUUUUUUCGAUUGUCGUACUAAAUUUCAUGAUACUAAAACUGUUUGAUUUCUAUUGUAAGUUUGAUUUACCGUAAAAUCUCCAAUACAUGUAAUUGUUUGUGUUUUUGUGAUAGGUUGUAAUUUUUAGUGUUUUUGUGAUAGCAUGUAAUUUUUAGUGUUUUUGUAAAAUUGCAUAUCUUUGAUUGUAAACUACUCAUUCUUUAUUGUACCGGUAGCAAAUGUAAUUUCCUUGAUUGAUUAAUAAACUAUUUUCUAUUCUAUUUCUAUUCUUUUUAAA